UGCAUGUGCUCCCCUUUUGUUGUAGUUUGUGUUGUUGUUACACAGGCCUCCCUGAGGAGAGAACAGAAGGCAGCAUAAAAGAACAGAGAGAGAGAGCUAAAGAGUGAGUGUUCGUGGCACAUUGUGGGCGAUGGACACUGAGGCUGUGGUUUAUUUGAGUGGUGGAGAAUGAGCUGUGCCUGGCAACUCUUGGAAUCUUGCGAGGCGGAUGCGACAUGAUGUGGAUCUGGCUUUAUCACCGCAUGCCAGCCAGCAAGAGGACCGACAGCACACUAUAUCAUGACCUGCUGCCAGGAGCGCAGUGUGUUGGACAAAGGUAAACAACGCUGCGUUGGAUUUUCUGGAUCUGUGGUUGGGAUAUUUUUUUUCCUGCUGGUUUGUUGAUUUUUACAGCCUACCAAAAGUGCCUUUGUAAAACCUUUUUCUUCUGUUAGGAGUCCCUAAUUAAACACAUUCCAACAUAUCGCCUGAGAAUAUUGCACUUAAGGUCCCGUACACCAACCUCUACUUUUACAACCUGUUGCCAUAUCGAGGGGUGUUAUGUUGUACUGUUUGACAUUGCGUGCUGGUGUUUACUGUUCUGACAAUCAGCUCCGUAGAAAAUCUCACUGACAAUCACCACCCAUCUGAUUUUUAAAAAUUAUUUACUUUUAUGCACCUGGAACAUCUCGCAUAUCCCAAAGCCAUAUCAGAGACUGUUGGGUAUUUCCACUCCAUCUCCCACCUCCCUCGUUGCCAUAACGACGCAGAACCGUCGCCAUGCUAAGUAUCCAGUCCAAAUGGCGCUACCUUUUCAUGUUCCUCGGCGUCCAGCUUGUGGUUAUGGCACUACUCUCCCGUGAGGGCUACCAGAAGAGGGUCAGCUACUUCAUCCGCAUCUUCCGCAAGCCUGAUGGCACCAGCCCGAUGCCCCGUAACCACACAGCAGGUGGAGUCACCAGUGGGAGUGAUGUGUAUGCCAACCUCUCACUAGUGGCCAAGGCCCAUAGCAGGGGAGACGACAUGCCCUACUGCCCCAAGACGUCUCCAUUGAUUGGUGGACCAAUCCACGUUACCUUUCCGUCUGGGCUACCACUAGCGGAAGUACAGCGGAAAAACCCACUAGUGGUUCGUGGAGGACGCUACAGGCCACCUGACUGUGAGGCACGGCACCGCACCGCCAUUAUCAUUCCCCACAGACACAGGGAACAUCACCUUAAGUUCUUACUCUACUACCUGCAUCCAUUCCUGCAGCGACAGCAGCUCAACUAUGGAAUAUACAUCAUCCACCAGGCAGGGAACUACACAUUCAACAGAGCCAAGCUGAUGAACGUGGGUUUCCGGGAAGCAAUGAGGGAAGAAGAUUGGGACUGCCUCUUUUUCCAUGAUGUGGACCUCAUCCCCGAGGACGAUCGCAACACAUACAUAUGCGACUCCAACCCCAAGCAUGCGGCCAUUGCCAUGGAUAAAUUUGGCUACAAGCUUCCAUACAAGAUGUACUUCGGAGGAGUGUCAGCACUAACGCCACUACACUACCUCAAAAUGAACGGCUUCCCCAACAACUAUUGGGGCUGGGGUGGUGAAGACGAUGACAUUGGAGUCAGGGUGUCUCUAGGAGGGAUGUAUAUCACUCGCCCCUCUCUGAAGGUGGGUCGCUACAAGAUGAUCAAACACAAGUUGGAUAAAGGCAACGAUGUAAAUCCAAAGAGGUUCAACAUGCUAGCCAAAACGCGUCAGACCUGGAAGCUGGACGGCAUGAACACGGUGGAGUACGAGAUAGUGUCGCGCGAAUACCUACCCCUCUACACCAACAUCACUGUUAACAUCGGCACCGAAGCUGGCCUGCACGCUCCUCCGCCAACGCCACACCCUCCUCCUAAAGUUGCAGGCAAACCCCAAAUCAAGCCAUUAGCCAAGGUCCCAGACAAAGCCCCUGCCAAGCUCAAAGAGGACCACCCGUAAAGCCAAGGGACGCAGCAAGGCUGAGCGUUGGCUACACCUCCCUUUGCCUUUAUUUAACAUAGGUUCGUUAUUUUAAUGCCAAUCGUAGAAUGAUCAGAUUGUUUUUUCUUCUUCUUGGCAGCCCUGAGUUAGCGCACACAUUUAGAGCCUUGAUCUUCUUUUCCUUCCUUCAAAUCUUAACUCCUCAAAAAAGCGGAGGAUCAAACAGAGACACAGCCAGCUAGCGGUUUGGACUCAGACGUCUUGGGGAUUAUGGCACCCAUUUAGAUUGACAUAAAGAAGUGCUUGAGUACCGGCCUGAGAAUGAUGCUUAGUGUGUCAGUGAUUAAUCUCUGCCAUAUUUCCUACUCCUACUCUGUCAUAUUACUGACUCUCAAGGGACCUACGGCAAAACGGAGCAGAGCGGUUAAAAGAUGGACUCUAUGAGUUUAUAUAUCCACAGCGCUCUGGUCGCUGAUUAAAACUUGUGAUGCCUUAGAAUUUCAUCCUGAUGUGUUUUGCUUCCUCCUUUCACUCUUACUGUAUGCUGUGAAGACUUUUAAGUUGAUUAUGGCAUAGCUGCUGUGGUUUCUAGUUGUAUGGUCACCAUGACACAGUGGCAUUUAUCUUUUAUUUUUUUCCUUUCACAAAACCACUGAAAUGACCAUCUGAGGACUUUUUUUUGUUGUUUCAAGUCAUUAUGAAGUUACUACGAAGGAAUAGAACUUGACUUGAGUUGUGUGUACAGACUUGUAGCUGAGAUGCUUUUAUCAUGGCAGUGCUCAUUUAUUAUCCAUCUGCAAACACCUGGGGCCUUACCCAUAAAAGGUUCUAUUGCUCAACAUAUCCAAAUCCAAGUCAUUGUUGAGGUAGAGCUGCAGUACUGCAAAUACAGGCCUUGGUACAGCUAUUCUGUAUAUCUUUCCUCUUACAUGGUAAUCAAUUCAUUCCAAAUAGCCUUUCCAUUUUACUUGUGUCCUAAUAAUUAAUCAUGUCCAAUAUCUCUAGCCAUUUGUCUUACAUUUUUCCCACAUGUUGUGUGUAUUUGUCUGUUUGCCUUUGUGAAGAUGGGGAUGAUGAUCAGUCCAUUGCCUUCAGAUGAGCUGGCCAUUCAUGUCAAAAUGGAGUCUGUCUCAGUGUUCUACCCUCGGUUAUGUUGAUAUGAUCUGUAUACACUGGCUGCUUAUGAUCAAAUGUCAUUCAAGAGUGCUGGACUGCUUCGGCAGCUUUGUGUAUCGAUUGGAACAUCAUAAUCCGCUUAAAUGUUCCAUACAGUUUCCUCCUCUGCUGAAAGCAUUGUGCCUGCACUCUUCUGCUAAAUGUCUUUCACUUGUACAGCCUUCUCCAAAUUUGUGCAUUGUGGUAGCUUUGUGUUGUAGUCAACUGUAUGCCAAUGUUAUACCUUCAACGGCUCAACUGCUGUGUCAUUCCCACUAAUAGCCAUGCAUAAUCCUCCCUCGUCCUCCUCUUGACCCCUCUUGUAUGCACUCCGUGGCCCUUGACAGAUAUGAAUGUUUGCAUAAGAACACAUCCGUGGGUAGCAGCAGGGUUGUACUCCGACACCGAAGACUACCGUAGUGGUUCUGAAUGAUGGUGGAUGGAAAAGCAGUGCGUGUAUAUUCUGUCUGCCGUUUAGGCGUUCUUUUAAAGGAGUUGCCGGUCAUCAGUGUCUGCCUUUUUCAGUUCUCUGCUGAGGGGGGAAAACAUUGAUUACCGGUGACCCGAUCAUUUUUUUUCUUCUUUAGAGGUAAAUGGGCCAGGAUCGCUUUUAGCAGCUAUCAGAGUUAUUACUUUAAGCUAAAUUAUCUGUCAUCGUCAUGCGAUUGUUUCGUUAAAGUACAAAAGAGGUGAACAGGAUGAACAUUGGCCAUGGUAGUCUUUUUUUUUUUAUGUGUGUGGACAUGAGUAGAUGAGUUUUUUUUUUCCUGAUGUGAAUCCACAGUAAUCUCUUAUUGCCUUAGCAGCACACAUUAAGACUUGGAGUUGAAGACUCGGUCAGUAUGUAUGCAAUAACCUUCUCACUUUAUAUUAAGACUAAAUAUGCAUGGGACACAACCUUUUCUGUAAGGUCAAAGGAAUGUCUGGAGCGCAAUACAGAGAUGAUGGAUCGGAAUUAUCACGGUAGGAUGAAGCAUGCUACAUUUUUUUUGUGUUGCGAGUGUGAAUCUGUCAUACUGUGAUCUUAGAAUUAUCGGGUUCCAUCUGCGGCCAGCAGGUUUAAGAUAUUAACUUUAUAUUAACACUAUUGAAAGCUCCAGAUCAGUGCCCCUGGAUCUGAUCAGCAUUCAGUAUCCUGGCUAAGGACCCUUAAGCAAGGCAGCAGCUUGCUGUUUGUGGGGCUUACACCUAACUCCCUCAGUUCAACAGCUAUCUAUUAACUCACUGUCACCCUGCUGGCAUUGUUUUAAAUGUCAAUCACAUUAUUCUGUUUUUUUUUCUUUCUUUCUUUCUUAUUGAUUCUAUAUUGUUUUCAACCCACUUGAUAAACGUUUCUACAAAUCAAACAUCGCCACAGAUGAUGUUCAGGCUGCUUGAUUAUGACUGUUCAUUUUGAAAUGCGUAAUAUAAAUAACUUAUUUUUUUCAACUUUGUCAAACCUUUUUUUAUACCAAAAUGUCAGAUGGAAACUUGUCAUCCCAAAGUCACAAUAUGCUCCCUUCAUUUAAUUUUCUUUAUAUAUAUAUAUAUAUAUAUAUAUAUAUAUAUAUAUAUAUAUAUAUAUAUAUAAUUUUAAGCGUACUAUAUAGUGUUUAUUCUGUUAACAUUUGAUUUGAUUGAGUCCAUUAUGAUGUGAAUAAGAAGCAGUUAUAGUGCUCACCACAUGUUAGUUUUGAAGUAACCAGAAUCAUUAUUUUUUUUUUUGUAAAGUUCUGCAAGAAUCCUGCAAAGUCCAGAGUGGCCU